AUGCCUUCCCAUUCGCCCGUCCUAAAUUUCGUGCACCGAUUAGUGUUCUGGAUAUUGUUCGCCAUGAUUUCCUGUUUCGUUUUGAGAGUUUUGUAAGUUCCCCUCGAAUUGUUUUGAACUAAAGGUGUACGUGAGUUCAGAGUGAUAUUGGAUCUCAACAAACGGGUCUACAAUCACACGCCCGGACCGUGCAGAGUGCUCAGCGAUAAAUGUGAGUUCACUUCACGGAACAUUGUUGUGACCUCCUCCAAACAAUGCAUUUCAGACAAAGGAACGGCGGGUCUUCACUUUGUCGAUUCACAGAAACGGGUUUACAUCUCUUUGGGAUACGGUAGAGGUAGUGUGAGAUUAGAAAUGAAAAGUUUCACGCAAAACUGUUGCAGCUCACAACCUGACCACAGCCACGGGCAUCGCGUUCUAUAACACGAAUCGAACGGACGGACGAAGCCAGCACGAGAUUUACGAUUUGACGGAGAUGGUCAUCAAUUGGAAUGGAUAUGACAGUGUCAGUUUAUUUAUCAAAGUUACGGAUCAGAGUUGAGUUGACUUUCCGCCGCUUUUUUCAUUCCGCCUUUUCCAAAAUUCCAUUCCGCUCAAUUCUGUUACGGAUACUGCAAGUCAUUGCGUAGUUCGGUUAUAGGUUAUUCAGGCUGUGAAAAAAUGCUUUUUUUCCGUUUUUUUUUCUUUUUUUUUACGUCAAAAAUUCCAAUUCCGCGAUGUUAAAAAAAUAUUUAAAAAACGGAAAACAAACAUACGCUGAAUAGCCCAUUAGGGUUACGAAAAAAAGUCCGAGUUAUCAAGUUGUCGAAUACCAUUUCUAUUCAAGUUAUCGAUCAUCAAGUUUAGUACUGAUUGUAUUAUUUUGGAAGGUGUAAUGCAUUCUUAAAUUUUCUUUCGGACCUUUGCAUUUUGUUUUCUGAGUUUUACUAACAAAAAAUAAGAUGGCAGUCAGAGUUGAGCGGAAGAACUCAACGGAAGAACACGGAAGAAUUUUUAUUUUUUUUAGAAAAUUUUUUCAUGGAAUGUGAUCAACUGACGAAAUGUAUAGCAAAGUGAACUCUGCUCAUAGAAAAAUAAUUGUAAAUUUAACUUUUCAUACAAAAAAGUUAUCCGAGUUGUUCCGUGAAAAAAGGGCUAACGGGGAAGACGGAAGGACAUUUUCACGGAACAACUCGAAUAACUUUUUUGUAUGAAAAGUUAAAUUUACAAUUAUUUUUCUAUGAGCAGAGUUCACUUUGCCAUACAUUUCGUCAGUUGAUCACAUUUCAUGAAAAAAUUUUCUAAAAAAGAUAAAAGUUCUUCCGUGUUCUUCCGUUGAGUUCUCUCUCCGCUCAACUCUGAUGGCAGUCAUUUUUAUCUAAUUUUUCUCUGUUUCAGGCGGAAUUCGCGCCGACGGGCCUCGACUCGUUCACCUCCUCGAAGGGCCGGGUCCUUCUUUACGUGGUGAACGCGCAUCCGAACCGCCAGUGCAUCCACUUCUUCCAAGUGGACAACACGAAGCUGCUGCACCGGAAGGCACUCUGCGACUCCUCGUUCACCAGUCUCCAGGACAUUUCCGUCGUCGGUCCCGAUCGGUUCUUCUUCACGAACAUGGCGGCGUUCUCGCGCGGAUGGGCGCAAGUGCUCGAGUUUGCGUUGCAGACGGCGCAGGGAGCAGUCUAUUAUUACGACGGGUCGAAGGUGUCGGUGGCGGCGCCGGCCAUCAAUUCCCCGACCGCAAUCGGAUACGAUCCGAAGAGAAAGACCCUCUACGUGGCAUCGGUGAUCAGAGAGGUACUACUCCGAGUUCAGAUUUCUUCCGAAAACGUGAAAGUUUCAGUCGGUGUUCGCGUACAAAGUGGCCAAGGACAUGUCGCUCUCGCUGCAGUACGAGAUGAUGUUGCUGACGUCGCCGAUCGGAAUGUACGUGGAGCCGAAGAGCGGCGACAUUUGGCUGGCCGCCCAUCCCAUCCUCCACGAGGCACUCUACCACUACGCCUUCGCCGAACACUACGCCAUUCACUCGUCCAGCCAGAUUCUCAGGAUUCGCAUUCAGGUGAGGUGACACUUUGCAACUCGCUUUCGAGACAAACGUUAGUUGAGAACACAUUUAUUCAUUUGUUUAUUUAUUCGAAAAAAGUGAGCUGCUCAUCCGGCAAUCGGAUAGAAAUACGGCGGUUUGUCAGCGAGUUCCGGAGGCGUUCCGACAUAAAUGUACGGAAUUAUUCUGGCUUCUCCGACGGAAAAUAUGAGUAGAAUGAGGGUGAGAACGAGUAGAAAAGUAGACGUUUCGCACAUUUUCAGUUGAAAACUUCCUCGUCCAACUUGGUUUUUAAUGCGAUUUUCGUGUUCGUAUUCGUACUUUCAAGAGUCCUCGUCGCAUGUCUGAAAAUGAGUGGACAGACACUCGAGAGGGAUUAAUUUUGUGAUGUUCGGUCAUUUUGGAUGGAUGAUUGUCGGACUGAACAGUUCCUGGUUGGGUAUGCGGACGGAAAGGCCUCUGCCUCACUAGGAACGCUUUUGUUCGGCGGCGUCAGAAUGCUAAAGUACGAAAAUGUACACGCCAGCUGGAAUUGACUUUAAAGACUCAUAUACAAUUCGAACAUUUCUUACCACCCUGAUGGACCUCUACAACCGAGUAUUUUACUGGUUUUUUACGCAAAAAACUCUGUUCAAAUGAGGAAAAAACCGGGAAAAAAACCCCCGGGGAAGAGGUUUUUUCCUGUGUGGAAACCCUUUUCGUUGCGAGACCCGUGCCAAUAAAGACAUGAGCCUUUAAAUACAACCGGGCGGUUAUUUAAAUUGUUUAAAGGCGCAUGCCUUUAUUAGCACGGGUCUCGCAACGAACAGGGUUUCCACACAGGAAAAAAACCUCUUCCCCGGGGGUUUUUCCUCAUUUGAACAGGGUUUUUUGCGUAAAAAACCAGUAAAAUACUCGGCUGAUAGGUCCAUGAUCUUUGAGCCGCACUUUUCUAUUGAGGCUUACCAGUAACUUUUCAAAGUUUAGUCCGAAUCCAAAAUGACCGAACAUCACAAAGUUAGUCCCUCUCGAGUGUCUGUCCACUCAUUUUCAGACAUGCGACGGGGACUCUUGAAAUAAAAAAUCAAGUUGGGCCAUGGAGUUUAAGACUGAAAAUGUGCGAAACGUCUACUCUUCUUAGAAGUACUUCCCCAGUUAGUUUAGGGUUCCCCAUUCAAUUCGAUAGUUCCCGAUGGGUCCAAAGUUCUUGCUAGUACGCGGGGAACUCCCAAUCACAAAAUCUGCCACAGAAUCAUCUAAUAAGCUCCCCGCGAUCACAAAAUUUAUCAAAUUAUGAAACAUCGCUCGCUCACUAAAACUGUCAAUUUUAUGCUAAGCACGCAAGUUCCUCACAAACACAUUGAUUCCUUAUCACAUUUCUCCGGGUUUGCAACGUCGACAAGCCAAGAAUCAUGGAAUAUUUGCAGGAAGAGAGCACCUCGUGGGUCACCACCGAACCGUAUUCCAACGACGGAGCCACCAUUUCGGCCAGCUCGGCCGUCGUUUUUCACGACGAUCAAAUGCUGAUCGGCAGCUCGUUCGGACGCCUUCUUCAUUGCGAUUUGGCAUAUUCGCACAUCACAUAA